AGAUAGCACAGAUGACCCUAGAGAAGCAGAAAGAAAGGUUUUAUGUUUGUUGAAUGACCAUUAUUAGAGAACUUCUUCACAGAUACCCUGUGAGAUUUCAACAGCACCAUGGGGUGCAAAGUAUUCCUCAAUUUUGGACAGCAGCUGCUGCGGCGAAAAGUUGUGAACUGGAGCCGAGAGCAGAGUCGACUGUCCCGCUGCUUGAAUACUUUUGAUUUGGUAGCUCUUGGUGUAGGCAGUACACUCGGAGCAGGUGUCUAUGUAUUGGCUGGAGCCGUCGCCCGGAAGAAUGCUGGCCCUGCCAUCGUUAUCUCUUUCCUAAUUGCUGCAUUGGCCUCCGUGUUGGCAGGACUGUGUUACGGAGAGUUUGGUGCUAGAGUUCCAAAGACUGGUUCCGCUUACCUCUACAGCUACGUCACUGUGGGUGAGCUCUGGGCUUUCAUCACCGGCUGGAACUUAAUUCUCUCCUAUAUCAUUGGUACCUCAAGUGUCGCAAGAGCAUGGAGUGCAACAUUUGAUGAACUGAUAGGCAAACUUAUUGGAGAUUUCUCCCGAACGCAUAUGUCUCUGGAUACUCCAGGACUAGCUGAAUACCCAGACAUAUUUUCUGUAAUUAUCAUUCUGAUUCUAACAGCGCUUUUAACUUUCGGCGUGAAAGAAUCAGCCAUGGUUAACAAAGUUUUCACUUGUAUCAAUGUUCUCGUCCUGGGCUUUGUGAUGGUAUCAGGCUUUGUGAAGGGAUCCGUGAAAAACUGGCAGCUUACCAAAGAAAAUAUGAAUGCUAAUGACAGUAUGUGUUUGAAAAAUGGCAGCUCCAUUGGUACUGGUGGUUUUAUGCCCUUUGGAUUUGGGGGUGUCCUAUCGGGGGCGGCCACCUGCUUUUAUGCUUUUGUAGGAUUUGACUGCAUUGCAACCACAGGUGAAGAAGUAAAGAAUCCCCAGAAAGCUAUCCCUGUGGGAAUUGUCGCAUCUCUCUUGAUCUGCUUUGUAGCUUACUUUGGGGUGUCAGCUGCUCUUACUCUCAUGAUGCCUUACUUCUGCCUGGAUGUCAAUAGCCCAUUGCCUGAUGCGUUUAAGCAUGUGGGCUGGGAAGAGGCAAAGUAUGCCGUGGCAGUUGGCUCUCUUUGUGCUCUUUCUACCAGUCUUUUAGGUUCCAUGUUUCCCAUGCCUCGAGUCAUUUAUGCAAUGGCUGAAGAUGGACUGCUGUUUAAAUUUUUAGCCAAAAUCAGUGAAAGGACCAAAACUCCAAUUAUAGCAACAUUAACUUCUGGUGCCAUUGCUGCUGUGAUGGCGUUUCUCUUUGACCUGAAAGACCUGGUUGACCUGAUGUCCAUUGGAACUCUUCUAGCAUAUUCUUUGGUGGCAGCCUGUGUGUUGGUAUUACGGUACCAACCAGAGCAGCCCAACUUAGUAUACCAGAUGACCAGAACAACAGAAGAACUAGAUCUUGUGGAUCAGAAUGAAGGAGUGAGCAACAGUGAUUCUCAAACAGGAUUUUUGUCAGAAGCGGAGAAAUGUUCUCUAAAAACCAUAUUAUUCCCAAAGAACACAGAACCUUCUAAACUCUCCGGGUCUGUUGUGAAUGUCUCAACCAGCCUCAUAGGGAUUCUUAUUAUCAUCUUCUGUGUCGUCACUGUCCUUGCUAAAAAGGAACUUGGGCAGGGGACCCCAUGGGUGAUCUCUGUCCUUGUAGGAUUAGUUUUCCUCUGCUUUGUCAUCACCCUCCUCAUUUGGAGACAGCCUGAGAGCAAAACCAAACUUUCAUUUAAGGUGCCCUUCUUACCAUUACUUCCUAUUUUGAGUAUUUUUGUGAACGUCUAUCUCAUGAUGCAGCUGGAUGGUGGUACCUGGCUCCGGUUUGCUGUGUGGAUGUUGAUAGGUUUCCUAAUUUACUUUGGCUAUGGUCUGUGGCACAGUGAAGAGGCAUCCCUGGCAGCUGGUUCAGUGAGAACCCCAAACAACAGUUUGGACCACUGCAAAUGAUCCAUGGAGCCCUGGACUGUGGCAGUGACAGCUACUCCCUUCAGAGAAGAACAGCUUUUGCCUCCAUGACUCAGAAACAAGAAAAAACACAUAAGUGUGCCACCCCUCCCCCUCUCUCCCCUCAUGCCUUCCCUCCAAUACUAACCACAAGGUGCAGUUACUUGAGUUGUGGCCUCCCCUAAAAGCUCAUUUACCUUAGAGACAAAACUCCAAGGAAUUGAGCGGCCCUCCAGUCCCCCUAGACAAAGUUAUGGCCUGGGCCACUUAGUUGAAUGCUGGCUUUGUUUUCUUCUCUCCCUUCCCCUUUCUUUAAGUCAAAAGAAAGCCUCUCUUCCCCUAUUCCAUAGGUAGGGUGACCACUGCCAUUGGCAAAAUUGAGGUCCUUUCUUUGGCUUCCCCUCAUGAGUUAGCUCCUUCCUCCUCAGAUUCUAUGUCUCAAUUUGAAAAUGCCUCAUCUCCAUAAGUUCAGUGCCCCAUUUUGUAAUUAAGAGUGUUGGGCGAUAAGCUGUGUACUGCAUCCAAGAAGGGUCCCAUUCCCCCCCCCCCCCAAAUGGGUCAAUCCUGGGGCAGCUAGGUGGCACAGUGGAUAGAGCUGAGUUCAAA